ACUGGCUAGUCGAGUAGGUUUCUUGAGCAGCAGAUGACAGCUCGGAAGCUGCCGCUACACCGGCCCGCGUGCUAUUGGGAUAGCAACAGAAACAGGCGGAAUGUCAUCGUGAGAGAAUAGCACCGCGUAUGGAGAAAGACAGCUAAUCACUUAUUCAUGGCGGUGCUGUGAGCCGUACAGCGCAGCGGCCAGCGAGUUCCUUGAAUUCCCGCUUCCCUGCAGGUAGCUGCGUGUAACCGCGCAGGAUCAGGCCAAUAUGGAGAAUUCUGGGGAGGCGAGCAGGAUGCUGAAGCCGGAGACAGCCUGCUCGUCCUGUGGCGGAAAGGAGCCACAUAUUUCUGGAAAAGCUUUCCGUAGUAAACCAAAAUCCAGGAGCAUGUCCACCUCAGCUGUGCCCAGCUGUGCGGAGUUCAGGCGGACCCAGUCACUGCAUGGACCAAGUCCAGUGACCACAUUUGGGCCCAAAGCUUGUAUGAUGAAGAACCCAAAAGCAGUGAUGCAUAUUCAGGACCCAGCAAGUCAGAGGUUGACCUGGAACAAGCCACCCAAAAGUGUCCUUGUAAUUAAAAAGAUUCAGGAUGUCAGUCUUCUGCAGCCUUUUAAAGAGCUUUGCAUCUUCCUCACAGAGCAGAAAAAAAUGAUCGUUUACGUGGAGAGGAAAGUCCUGGAGGACCCCGCCAUUGCUAACGACGAGAGCUUUCUGGCUGUAAAAAAGAGUUUUUGCACUUUUAGAGAAGAUUAUGAUGACAUCUCCAAUCGGGUAGACUUCAUCAUUUGUUUGGGAGGAGAUGGAACUUUGCUGUACGCUUCCUCCCUCUUCCAGGAGAGCGUUCCUCCAGUUAUGCCCUUCCAUUUGGGCUCUCUGGGCUUUCUGACACCUUUUAACUUCGACACCUACCAAUCUCAGGUUACACAGGUUAUUGAAGGCAACGCGGCCAUAAUCCUGCGGAGCCGGCUGAAGGUAAAGGUGCUGAAAGAAAACUGGGAGAAAACCAGAUCAAAGGAGAAAAAUGCGAUCAUCGCAAAUGGGGAAGCUGAGUCUAGCCGCAAAACUAUGCAAUAUCAAGUGCUGAAUGAGGUCGUUGUGGACCGAGGUCCCUCCUCCUACCUCUCUAACGUUGAUCUUUUCCUGGACGGUCACCUGAUCACCACCGUACAAGGCGAUGGAGUGAUCGUGUCAACUCCGACAGGCAGUACUGCGUACGCCGUGGCAGCAGGAGCCUCCAUGAUCCACCCCAACGUCCCAGCCAUCAUGAUCACCCCCAUCUGUCCUCACUCGCUCUCUUUCAGACCCAUAGUUGUCCCUGCUGGCGUCGAGCUCAAGAUUAUGCUAUCACGUGAGGCCAGAAACAAUGCAUGGGUUUCCUUUGAUGGGAGGAAACGGCAGGAGAUUGGACAUGGAGACAGCAUCACCAUCACCACUUCGUGCUUCCCUGUCCCAUCCAUCUGUUUCCGGGACCCAGUGAACGACUGGUUUGAAAGUCUGGCUCAGUGCUUGCACUGGAACGUGCGCAAGAAGCAGAGCCACCUGAGCUCAGAGGAAGAGGAGUUUUGAGUAUUUGCUCGGAAGCACUUUGUUUCAUUGUUCUUGUUCUUCUUUUUAUGCCUCUCUGGGACACGCCGUCCCACUUUUGACCACAGACUUUUGUGAAGCCGUUGCUUCUUGGUCAAUUUUGUGUGUUAGUAACAAUUUUUAAAAAGAAAAAAAAAAGGAAGAAGAAUAAUUCCAAUUUGUAGAUAGUGUAUGACAACUGUCAUAAGCU